CGUGCACUUGGUGUGGAAACGAUCGCUGCAACGCAUUGCCGUGCUGCACCCGCGUGUGGUCUGAAUGCUCUAACCUGUUAACAUGGGCGCUGAAAAAAAUACGUACUGCAUCCACACUGCAUACGCAUCAUGUGUGAAACCACUUUAGGUAGUUAUAGCUGCAGGCCGGGGACCUCCAAAUGGGGGCGUAAUCUCCCAAAUGAGGGCGGGGUUAAUCCAAUAGGGGGCGGGGCUACUCAAUAAGGCUGUUGCCCCAACUUCAGAAGGGGGCGUCACUUUCACUCACGGUUAAGGUCAGGGGCUCCCUACAUCUUUAAUGGCGAUUUGGAGCUCACGCCCCUCUUUUGGAGCUGUACUCAUCUCCAAGGUUUGGAGCUCCCAGCUCAAAUUCUAUUAUUUAUAUGAUAUAUUAUAUUCCAAUAUAUUAAACCGCAUAUUGAUUAUGCUUUUGAUCACUAAUAAAAGUUUACACCCUCCAGACCCUUCAGUUGUUUUGAAGCAGGGGCGGAGGAUGGAGGUGGGCGGCGCAGAGGAUGGAGAGUAGGCGCGCCCUCUUUCCACAGCUCGCCAGCGCAGAAGUUGAGAAACUUCGGUGACGCGCUGUUCGGCGUGGUAGUGAAAACAUCGCCCAUGAAUCUGCUUACACUCACAGCAGAGAUGGAUGAGAGAAUAUAACUUAUUUCAUCUGUUUUCCCAUCUUCAGAGUCAGUCAGUCACGGUUCCUUUACAUGGAGUUUGUUCUGGGCAUCAGUUUGUGUUUUUUAUCUCAGUGAUGUCCGCACACGGAUUAUUGAACAGCGUGUUUUCAUGCUCUUCAACGGGCUCUAAAGCUACCACAAAGGGAAGAGUGCGUCAGACUCGGAGCUUGGAUUCUGCAUUGAUGAGUAACUGCGGGGCGCCUGGAGAACCCAACGGCCAGCGGUCCGUGUUUUGGAGUUCGACAUCGACAGGUGGAUUUAUGAACAACCAAACAUCUUCUGAACUUCUCGCUGCUGCUUCCAGACUGGAUCCGCAUCUCUCUUCGUCGAGUUUAUGGUCUUCUUCAGACGCGUCGUCGCUCUCAAGUGUUCACUGUGAUUACAUAAGUAGCAAACGGAGCGUGUCUCGGGAGUUAUCGCUCACUGGUUCGAGCAACAUCUUCUCACCGAGGAAGUGGCUUCAAAGAAAGGCGCCGCAGUCGGACAGCCUCUCCCAGAACACCUGUAAAUCGGAGGGUGAUUUGACCUGGAAAAGUUCAUCUGGACAUGAUCUUCAUCUGCAGUCAGUUCACAUUCAGAGUCUGUCUGAGCUGGAGAGAGUCCGACUGCAGGAAGUUGCUCUGGUCAAACUGCUUAAAGACUUUGAUUUAGGAUGCCAGAUCACCAUCCCUAAAGAUUGCCAGAAGCAUAAAAAGUCUCUCAGGAGGAAGCUGGAUUCUUUAUCAAAAGAAAAGAAAGACAAAGUGUGUGAUCCUCAGGCGUUUGGCGUGCCGCUCUCGCAGGUGAUUUUUAAUGACCGGCGACAUAAGCAGCUCCAAGACGGGCGGGAACAGAACGUGCAGCAGGACCUUGCAGACCGGGCGUCCUCACUCCUGCACCUGACCGGACGGAGAGCCAAUCAAAAGGAGCUUUCUAGCAGUAACUCCUCCCUCAGCUCCGCCUCUGAGACGGCCAAUGCGACCAGCUCCCCUGGCACACCAGAGACAGCCCUGCGCUCGCAGAGACGGGGUGGUGUGUCUGUGGACUGCAUCACUGAUCUGGAUGAUGCUCACUCUCGUCUGCUGGAGGCUCUUCAGCUGUCGCUGCCUGCACAAUCACACGGAGAGAAGAACACAAGAGACACGAAACUCAGCCUCAAUCCCAUCUACAGACAAGUGCCACGAGUGAUAGACAGCUGCUGCCAACAUCUGGAGAAAUAUGGUCUGCAGACGGUGGGGAUUUUCCGUGUCGGAAGCUCCAAGAAAAGAGUUCGACAGUUGCGUAAGGAGUUUGAUCGGGGUUCAGAUGUUGUUCUGGAUCAUCAGAACAGUGUUCAUGAUGUGGCGGCUCUGCUCAAAGAGUUCCUCAGAGACAUGCCUGAUCCACUACUGACACGAGAACUCUACACAGCCUUUAUCAACUGUGCAUCUCUAAACUGCGCAGAUCAACACACAGUGAUGCAGCUGCUCAUCUGUCUGCUGCCCGCCUGCAACUGCGACACGCUUCAGUGCUUACUUCACUUCCUGUCUAACGUGGCCAGUCACGCAGAGGACUCGCUGGACACUGACGGACGGGAGGUCAUUGGCAACAAGAUGACAUCACUGAAUCUGGCCACCAUAUUCGGACCGAACCUCCUUCACAAGCAGAAGAGUUCAGAGAAAGAGUUCAGAGUUCAGAGUUCAGCUCGUGUCGAGGACAGCGCCGCCAUAAUCACAGUCGUCCAGCACAUGAUCGACUCGCAUGAAACACUGUUCAUGAUUUCUGCUGAACUCCAGAAUGAAGUUCUAUUGAGUUUGAUGGACACAGACAGUGAUGUGGUGAAUUACCUGCUGAGGAGGAAAACAACACAGAGUGAUGAUUCGACGUCCUCCAGUGGAGAGAUCUCGCCUUAUGAAAACAACUCUCCUGUCCUCUCGGAGUGGCUGCACCCAUCAAGACAAGCCGAUGAAAAUCUCACAAUGAAUCUAGACGCUCUCACACGCAACAUCGCAGUGAAAUCGCGCCUCUCACCCUCACAGGAACACACUGGCGACUCGUUUUAUGAGAAUGUCAGUGUUUGGGAAACACAACACGCUGCUCUGAUGUCAAGAUUUCAAGACAGACGACUCACAGGUUCAGACGGGCGCCUGCAUAAUAGUGUUUCCUGCGAGGCAUUCGCUAGUAACUACAGCAACACAAAAAAGCCUGUGGGUGAGACUCAAACGUCCAGAGUCGCUGCUGAAUGUAAAGCAGAUCUGAGCGGCCCCUGCUGUAGUCAAACAACACCUGAUCCAAUUACAUCCAGCCAACGGACAAGACUGAGCCAAUCAGAGGAGGCGGUAACGCCUCCUAAAAGCCCCUCACUGUCAGCCAAACAACAUGAUGAACUUAGUGUGGCCUUUGGACAACCGGUGGGUUCAACACUACCUUACCGUGUCACUUCCUGUCAGGGGGCGGGGUCACACAUCGCCGUGCCAGCAAAGACCUUCACCGAUGAACACCCAAAAUGGCCAAUGGACAAAUGGCAGAUAUGGCAGCUGUUGUCAUCAGAGAACACAGAUGCAUUACCAGAGACAGUAGUGUAAAAAUGAAAGAAUUAUAGUUUAUAUAUAGUAUAAAUCUUUGCCCCAUUCACUUCAAUUGUAAGUGUCUCACUGUAACCUCAAUUUUUGCCUUUUUAAAGGAGGAACGAGUCGAAAUUAAUUAAUAAAACAUAUCAACAUUAUGCCACAAAUGCUGUCGAUUGAACUCAACUUGUAUUGAACCCAUAAUAUUCCUUUUAAGAAUGUCCUGAAUUUUGAACUGUUUUUAUUCCAAAGAAUGACCAAUUCUGCGUUGCACAGGGUUCACACGGUCACGGAAACCUUCGAAAUAUCAGGGAAUUUUAUAAACGUUUUUUUUUUUUUCAUGUUAUGCUCAGCUCUACAUUUUUUAUCUGCUAGAAGUAGCUCUUUGUGAGUGUAGUAUCUAAAAAAUUAUUUUUAAAAGUCCAUGGGAAUUCAUCAAUCAAAAAGUGUUUAAACCUUUUUUUGUGUGUGUACAGAAGCACUGUGAAAAAAAAUCACUAGGUGAAAAAUGUUUUUAAGGUGUCUUAGUGCCUUACUGAGCAUAUGUCCUACAAUUGUUUUUUCUAAAAAAAAAAAUUCCUCAAUUUUUUUCUCUCAAAUUUUGUUUUCUCUCUCAAAAACAGUUUUGCUCUAAAAAAACAAAACAAAAAAAACAAAUAAAAAAUAAUAAUUUCUCAAAAAAAAAACAAGAAACUACAUAUAUAUAUAUAUAUAUAUAUUAUUAUUAUUAUUUUUUUCUCAUUUUUUAAUUUUUUUUGCUAGCUAACAAUUAUCUAAAAAACAGGCAAAAACAUCUAUCUAGCACAUGUUUACAUGGGCCAACAAAUUAAAAAAGCACACUAUCAAUAGCAGCAUCUGUAUUCCUGGUGGUGAAUGUCAUCAAACUACUAGAAAUAACUCGUGGGGUAUAUUCAUUUAAUUGUGGGAUUUAAUUUAAUAGUAGACUGUCAAACAUUAUAUAUGUUUCUUUCCUUGAUUAAGAUUUGCAAAUCAUACUUGUUAGAGUAUUAUACAACCAUAAAUCAACAGAUGAAGCGCCACAGCUGUCAUCUGUCACCUUGUAAGAUUUUAUGCAUACUGAUAGUGACACCUGGUGCCGAGGUUGCUACCACAUGCUAAUUGUUAGCUAGCUAGCAAGCAAAAAAAAUGAAUAAAUAAAUAAAUAAAUCUCAUGUUUCUUCUUGAGGAGAAACAAAUGUUUUUUUGUAUUUUUUUGUAUUUUUGUAUUAUAUUUUUUGUAUUUUUAUUUUGAGAAAAACAAUUUUUGAGAGAAAAAAAAAAACAUUUGAGAAUUUUUAGAGAGAAAAAAUAUUUUGAGAGGGGAAAAAAUUGUGAGAAAAAAAGUCAGAAAAAAAAUGUGAGAGAAAAAAUAAAAUAUUUGUAGGACAUAGCCUCAGGAAGGCACUAAGUCACCUAAAAUAAAUUCACCUAGUGAUUUUUUUUUUUUUUGUUUAUUUUUUUGUUUUUUUCACAGUUCGGUUCAGCGCUUCCUUUCUAAAACAUGUCAUAUUGCCUUGUUAAAAAAAAAGUCACUUUCGAUUUGAUGGCAUGUCUCUUCUUUUACAAAAAUGAAGCUCAAAAAAUUCUCACAAUUGUUCCUCACUCUUUUUCUUUUGUGCACACUGUAUUGAAAGUAUCUUACAUCAUGUAUGUAUGUAUAAAGCUUUACUUUAGCCCUGCAGCAUAUCUUGUGUAAUCAACAUCAGCAAUAAAUGUUGACUGAUACUUUUACCUUCAUUUCAAAACCUUUCUUUUUUCAUUUUGUGCCAUAUUAUUUUGAAUGUGUCAUAAUCUUGAAUUGUUUGUUGCAUAAACACCUUGUUUUUCUCUAUAUUAUGUUUUUGCCUUGUCACAAAAAUAUCUGAAAUGUUCUGAAACUGAAUAAAAAAAGAAUG